AAUAAUCUAUGAAUAUUUGCUGAUCCCAUGAUAAAUCACGUUUUAGCAAAUGCCUUUCUAUCUAAAUAUACAUAUGAUUCAAUUGUUUAGAAAUAAAUAAAAGUCAGCAUCAAUAUUAUAUGCGUUGGAAAAAGGUGGCACAUCACAAUUAUGUCGCACCUAUAUACUUCUUUAUGAAUCUAAUGACUCAUGCUUCCCGCAAUUUUCUUUGUCGCAAAUAUCCGACAAUUUCAUCCUACAACAUAAUUUUUUUGCUAAUUUUUGCUUUUGUUCUAUGGGUAACAUCGCCUUUUCUAUUAGGUUUUGUCAAAGUAAUUAGCCCCUCAAACCGCUGCUAUAAUACAACCUCUUGCUUAGUGGUUGAUUUCAAUGCCGAUGAUUCAACGUUUAAAAGCCCAUUAAAUCAAUAUCAGCUAUAUAAUCCACCGGGAAUAUAUAACAAAAUUGAAGAGAUGCUAGAUAAUCAUAUUAAUAAAAAUUAUAAACACCCAGAGGAUCAAAAAAACAAUAAAAGUUUUUUAAAAGGUUUUACAGACGAAGAUGAUAUUUUAUCAGAAAUAGAGAAUUUUCAGCGGCAAAAGGAACAAUUUCGACAUCAUAUUCCGCUCAUAUUUGUUGGGGGCAUGCCUCGUAGUGGCACUACUUUGAUGCGGGCAGUGUUAGAUGCACAUCCAUUUGUAGAAUGUGGAGAGGAGACGCGUGUAAUACCGCGUUUACUUUUUAUGCUAAAAAAUUGGGCCUCAUCUAAAACGGAGGCCCAAAGACUGUUAGAGGCCCGUAUAACAGAUAAAGUUUUAGAUUCUGCAGUAGGUGACUUUAUAAUAACUAUCUUAAGUCAGCGGGGAAGAGACGAAAUCGAUACCCCUUCAACUAUGGAUACUUCAUAUUCCGAUUCGAAUUCUGAUUAUGUGGAUAGAGAAAUGAAGUUAUAUGCCGAAGGUGUCAAUAAUAAUAUCGACGAUUUGGAAUCUAUAACACAAAUUAAUCAGAAAAAAAACAUAAUUUCCAAAAUCCACAAGAGUGGUGAAAAAGUGAAGAAAAGGAAGAAAAGACUUUGUAACAAAGACCCAUUUGUGAUGAAAACAGCUGAUUUCGUGGCUCGUAUAUUUCCUCAUGCUAAGUUUAUUUUCAUGAUACGAGAUGGACGUGCGGUAGUUCAAUCGGUAGUGACUCGUAAGGUAACGAUAACUGGUUGGAACGUUGAAGACUACAAGCAAUCUCUUAGCAUGUGGAACGCAGGGGUUCAUCAAAUGUAUGAAAUAUGCACAGCCCUUGGAGUCAAUAUUUGUAAAUCUGUUCAUUACGAGACUCUUGUGUUGCAACCAAGGAAAACUAUAAGAGACAUACUUAAGUUUUUAGAUCUACCGUGGACAUCCCGCGUUUUAAGGCACAGUGAAUUGGUAGGCAAACCUGAUGGCAUCAUGUUGUCUAAACUGGAAAGAUCGAGUGAUCAAGUCAUCAGACCUAUUAAUACCGAGGCACUAUACCGGUGGAUGGAUUCAUUUCCCUUGGAGAUAUUUAAUCAGGCUAAGGAAAUAGCACCAAUGUUGAUAACAUUAAACUACUCAACCGAGGGCUUCCCUUAUUAUGGUGAACCCGACACAUUGGUUAUAAAAAACAAUCAACGAAUUCAAUCUCAUCACGAUGUUUACGACGAAAAAAUUAAAAAUAUGAAACUCGGCACAAUUGAUCGCCAAUAAAAAAGAAUUAUUCGCCAUUUUAUGUUCCUGUUUAUAAAAAUGGAAUUAUUCAAGACUCAAAUGAUUAAUUCGGUUGUUUCAAAUAUACUUCUUGAUCAAUAUUGUAAUUCGUUUACCAUUUUAUACUUAUUUUGAACUAAGGCUAAAUAUUUUUAUUUUUUUCACAAGUACAAUUUUAAAUGAAGUAUUUGGUUAAUCACUUGCUCAUUCACUCUUCGUAAAUAAUUCAUUCCAAAUUACAUUCAUAUAUGAAUAUUAACGAAAAAUAUAUUGGAAAAGAAUAAUAUAACAUUAAUAUAAAGCUGCAUGCAUUAACAGCCCUUUGCCAAGUGAAAUAGAUCACAUCCUUUAUAAAACAUUUUGCAUUCCACACAAAGCCCAAAAAUUUCGUAGCUCUGAGUUGUAAAUUUUUAAAAACGUUAAAAUAAUUAGUAAAAAUAAGGAAUGAAAAAUUGUUUAAAUUUUGGACGUGCAAAAAUUUCAUUUUUUUACUGCUCAAAGGUAUAAAGAAUAUUCUCGGCGCGUUUAAUUUUUUUCAAUGAAAUAGCAACCGAAAAUAAUUUUCAAAUUUAAUUUAACCUUAGUCCUUAAAAACUUAAAACAAAUGUUUGACAAAAUUAGUCAUUUGAUCAAUUAAUUUAAUAUUUAUAUUCUCUUAUCUUCGGUUUUACCCUUCGAAUGGAAUAAAUAUAUACUAUACAUAUAUAUUAAAUAUUAAUUCCAUCAUUGUUAUUUGAUACUUGUUAAUAUUAUAUAAUAUAUUACUAAUUUA